GAGCGAACGAAGAUAACAAUCUUUUAAAUGAUCAGAUGUUUUAGGAUUGUUUCGCUCAUUCUGCUGUUUUCUACAGAUGUUGUCCGAUUUCUAAAGAUUUUGCUGAUAUUUUUUCAUUGUGGGGAAUUGCUGAAGAUGGAUAUUCCUGAUUGAUUUUGAAAAUGGACUAGUCCUGCCUGUGCUCAAACAUACGUACACACACACCAGCUGGCCCAGCUGUGGAGUACAGCUGGACCAAACGAUUUACGUAAAGAGGGCUACCGAUUUUAAAGUUUAAGGAUCUUGUCUUGUUGUUGUGGCCCACGCAUCAAGAUCUUGCCUUUUUUUUCAAUGAGAUGUUUUUUGUAUUCCCUUUGCUGUUAUGUUACAUGUACCACAGACCGAACGUCAUGCGGUAUAUUGUGUACCGCGUCUACUUCAAUUCACGCGUUAGUGUAUGACGUCGUUAAGGUUUUUCAAGGCCACCAUUGGUCACCAAAGGUUACUGAGACAGUGGUGCUGGCUAGACAGAACACGGUGGCAAAGUGAUUGAAAGUGACAAACCUACUGAAACACAGAGCGACGCCCGCUCCUUCCUGAGCGAGGAUAUGAUUGCUGAGUUCCAGGCUGCCUUCAACCUGUUCGACAGUGACGGUGGUGGUGACAUCAGCACCAGGGAGUUGGGUCAGGUGAUGAGGAUGUUGGGCCAGAACCCGACCAGAGAGGAGUUGGCCCUCAUCAUUGAGGAGGUCGAUGAGGAUGGUAGCGGCAGUAUCGACUUCGAGGAGUUCUUGGUCAUGAUGGUGAGGCUCCUAAAGGAGGACCAGGCCGGCAAGUCCGAGGAAGAAUUAUCAGAGGUCUUCCGUAUAUUCGACAAAAAUGGCGACGGUUUUAUUGACCGUGAGGAGUUAAAUGACAUCUUGGCCGCCACUGGAGAGCCAGUCACAGAGGAGGAAUGUACCGAGCUAAUGACAGACGCAGACCUAAACAAAGACAACAGGCUUGAUUUUGAUGAAUUUCUGAAAAUGAUGGAGAAUGUACAGUAACAAGACCAGCAUUCCUUCCUGACCCUUUCCAUUGGCCACUUCUACUGCUUGAAGAAAAGAACAACUAUGUUUCUGAAUGGAAAAUCAAAUACAAAAUUGAAGCCACA